UGUGAUGUGAUCUCUCUUUAACCACACCAUAGAUAUGCGUUUGGCUCCUUCCUUUACUAAGUCCACCAUGUGUGGUUGCUCUUAUUUCCUAUUUAUAUGUAUUGGUCUCACCGCUCUCCACACUGGUCUCUGUGAGGACUCGUCAGCCUGGCCGCUCUCAGGUCAACCUAGGGAGUUGUUUGUGGCGUUGGGCUCGGAGGUGAGAGUGCAGUGCGAUGCGACGCCAGGUGAAGGGUCGGCAGCCGGUGCAGGGGCUGGCGUGGGGGUGGAGUGGAGGCUAAAUGGAAGCACAGCGGUGGGCCAGCACGGCUCCCUGCUCUACCUCCAGAGCGCCAGGCUGCAGGACGGCGGCCUCUACACCUGCCAUCGCCAUGACGACCACAGCACGACCGGCGAGGGGGAGGUCAUGGAGCGGGUGCACCUGAGGCCUGGCUAUCCUCCAUCUCCACCUAAUGUCACGUGCUGGGCACCUAGUUACCCUGAAAAGGCCCUCUGUAAGGCCUCGCAGGCAACACACACCCAUUUGCCAACAGACCACGUCAUCAACUACAGACACUGGGUGACUGGCGCCAUCUUCCCUUGCCACACAAUCCCCUCGUCUGGUGACUAUCUCUGUGAGAUGAAGGACCUGGAAAUGCUGGCCAGGCCAUAUGUCGUCAACAUCACAGCUACCAACGCCCUUGGAAGCGCUACAACACUAAUGUCCUUUGACCUGGAAGAGAAUGUGAAGCCAGACCCCCCUGUGGAUGUCAAGGUGACCCCCCUGUGGAAGGCCAGGGACCAGAGGCGUGUGCUGGUAGAAUGGCGCCCCCCUCCAACGUGGCCAGAGCCGGAACUGUUCCCAUUGAAGUAUAAGGUCAGAUACUACUGGGGCUCCAAUAGGCAACCUGUUGAGGUGGACUCGUAUGACUGCUGCUCGAUCCCCGUGGAGGGAAGCCUGCGGGGCGGGCGCACGUACCACUUCCAGGUGUCCGCACUGAUGAUGAUGGACAUCGGGCUCCAGAGCGACUGGAGCGAGCCGAUCAGUAGCCCUGUGCCAGCCUAGGCUGCUGGAGGUUAGGGUGCGUGCAUAUUCACAAAAACAAGAAUCCAGGUGCCAGACAAAAAGUGUUAGUAGACCAGGGGUGUCAAACAUAAGGCCCGCUAAAUGGUUUCAAUCUGGCCCCAGCCUUGUCAAUGAGGUCAAAUUUAAGUAUGUCAAAAAAGAAGUCCUUUCCUGUCAUGGCAUGAUUUCUUUUUUAAUUACCAAAAUACUCAAUUACAUUACUGGGGGUAAAAAGUAGCGGCGUCGCUACGCGCAGGCAAUUUUAAAGUCCUUAAUGGACAUGUCAUAAUAAUAAAGACAUUUUUAACUAUAUUUUUUGGAGUGCCUUGGUGAAGAAAAGCGUUUUCUCUUUUCAAGCAACUUUUUGACAUUGAACCUUGAACCAAAGAGCACCCACAAGAAUACUUUUUUCAUCUUUCUAAAGGCACUGAGCACGCCUCUGACUUACAAACAUGGACACUAGAUAUUAGGAAAUGAACCAAACAGCACAACAUUAGCAACAUGGGACAGUUGACAGAGAAAAUGGGACAGCGAAGAAGAGGAGUGUCCUCAAGAAGAUUGACAAGCAAUAAUGUCGUAAAAUGAAGCAGAAAUCUGCAUUAUUCACAAUAACCUUACUAACCAGGGCUGCGUUUCCCAAAAAACCUUAAGUAGUACUUAAGUAUGAGGGGACACCUAGGCAAUAUAUCAGAAUAGGUCUCACAUCAUUAUUGAAGUCUAUACAUACACUAUUUUACCUAGCACAUGCACUUUGCACAAACAUUUUAAUUGCAUGUGCGAGAAAUAGGGUAUGUGGGCCUAUAAAAUUACUGUAUGCAUACACUUUCAGUGGUGUUCUAUAUUGCCUAUGGCCCCUCAUAUUUACAUAUUACUUAGGCUUAAGUACUACUUAAGAGUUUUUGGGAAACUCAGUGACCCACUUCAGAUCAAAGUGGCUGUAUAUGGCCCCUGGACUGAAAUGAGUUUUGACACCCCUGUGGUAGAGAGUGUGAUAGAGUGGUCUGCACGCCGCAUACUGGGUUUGGCCUCCAAAAAAGAUAUACUUUAUUGCAUUAAACACACUUAUUUUUUGGAGCUUAAGCCUAAAAUCCGGACCACUCUAUAACACUGUGCGGGCCUAAUACAUUUAGGCAAGUGACAUGGUUGUUGCUGUUAUAUUAUUGUUUCAAUUAAUCUCAAAUGAAAUGUAAUGCGAAAAUACUAUUAUACGUGUAAAUGCCUCAUCUAAUGCAAGGCCAGUGAUCAAAGUAGUAGUAAAAAAUAUAUUACCAUUGGUAAUUGUAAUUGUGAUUGCGUACGUGCACAGCACGACGACAGCACAUAGAGUACACAAUGUAAUCCAACCGUUCCAUUUAACUUAUCACACACACAUGAGAAGGGGGCAGCCAUGGCAACAGUGUUUAGGGAGCAGCAUGUGGGGAUGAUGUCACCCUCAGGUUGCCAUUAGUCAUAGGAGAGGAGGAGAGCACUGGGCACUGCAACCACCCUCCCUAAUUAAUACAGACAGGGCUCUAAAUUAAGCCGGCCAAAUGCUGGUGAAAAUUUAAUUCUGGCUGCAUGGUAGCACUGCUCUGAAUUAACUUCUAAAUUAACUUUUUUCAGCACUUGCCAAAAGGGCUGGUAGAACUUGGUAAGUAAGUUGGUUUUCUACCAGCAUUUGGCCUGUUGGCUGGUGUUAGUUUAGACCCCUGGCUGGUAGAAAAAAAAACUUCCUGGCCACUUUGACCCAUUAGUGAGUGUGUGUUUGGAUAGAAAGAUUAACAUCUAGUAGACAUUUUGGCUAGUGACUAAAAAGUUAAUUUAGAGCCCUGAAUACAGCACACUGUUAUUUGUAAAACUUUCUUAUUAAUGUACAUGUUUAGUGUCAUCCUCUGUGUAGUGUUUGUAUGCAAUUGUGACUGCAAUUGUGACAAACCCAGAGGCGCAUGUCUCCAAGAGCGAAAUUGAGAAAAUUG